AUGUCCACUGAAAGAACUUUUAUUGCUAUCAAGCCAGACGGUGUCCAGAGAGGCCUCAUCGGUCCAAUCUUGACCAGAUUCGAACAGAGAGGCUUCAAGUUGGUUGCCCUCAAGUUGACUUGGGCCAACGAAGGUUUGUUGAGACAGCACUACGAAGACUUGCAGGAAAAGCCAUUCUUCCCAUCUUUGUUGUCCUACAUGUUGUCUGGUCCAGUCUUGGCCACCGUCUGGGAAGGUAAGGACGUUGUUAAGCAGGGUCGUGUCAUCUUGGGUGCCACCAACCCAUUGGCCUCUGCUCCAGGUACCAUCAGAGGUGACUUCGCCAUCGACAUGGGCAGAAACGUCAUCCACGGUUCUGACUCUGUCGAAACCGCCAACAGAGAAAUCGGUUUGUGGUUCAAGAACGAAGAAUUGGUUGACUACAAGUCCGCCUUGAACGCUUGGAUCUACGAAUAAAUUUAGUGUUGUAUACCGC